AGGUAUCAAUGACAAAUACACAUCUAUUUAGAAGACAAAAUAGAAAAUAGAAAAAAAAUCGCCCUCGCUUGGCGUUGUCUUCGUCUUCCUCCUCCACCGCUACCUCCCAUGAUCCCUUUUCCUCUCGUCUCUCCUGUACAAUACUGCUUCUUUCCCUUCUCGCUCCCCCUAUACGCGCUCCAUCCAUCGCUGUCCUUGUUUACUCCCAAAUACCCAUAGUCUUCUUAUGGCGAGCAUUUGGUUGCCUACCGCAGCGGCGCAGGCUCGCGGCGUUCCAAUUGCUGAAUUCUUGGGACGGCGCCGUCCAAAUUUGAAACCCCUCGGAAGAUGCAUCUAUAAAGAUAAUUUCUGCCUCAGAGCUGCAGUUUUCGGUUCGCCUACAUCCCCUAAUUCAGUGUCUUGCGCAGCCCCCUUGAUCUCUCUCCGCCAACAGCGGAUCAUGGCAAAGAUAAGAGACGUAGCUCAAGAAGUGAAGACGAGGGAGUUCUCCUACUCCUUCAGGUCGGAAAGAGGGGACCUUGUGAAGGCGGUGGUGGUGGGAGCUGAAGGUGUGAGCUUUGCGGUGCAUAUUGAGGUUUUCUCCAGCUUUGAUGACGGCCUAGUCUUGAUUUAUCAAGUAGCUGGGCCUGGUUCCUCGCGGUCACUUGUUGAAGAUGCCAAAAGUGAGACGAAUUUGAUUAGCGUUCCUUUUGUUCGAAUUUCUUUUGGGAGGUACGCAUUGGAUUUGGAGUUUGCUUUCGCAAAAGCUCCCUUUUUUCUGUCAUUUUUGCUGCAUUUAUCUUCUGGCGACGUGGAGAUUAGAACUCAUAGAAAGACGAACUUUCGCGUGCCUGUGGGCUUUGGACGAGGGUAUCCUGCUCCCUUGGGCGUAUCCUUUUCUGAUCAUGGAAUGGUCAAUUUCUCUUUGGUUUCAAGGACUUCUGAGAAGGUUAUACUAUGUCUCUAUGAUGAGAAAGCAGAGGUUCCAUCACUAGAGAUUGAAUUGGACCCUUACGUCAAUCGCACAGGCAAUGUUUGGCAUAUCACUGUGGAGAGCAUUGAGGGCUAUGCCAGCUACGGUUAUUACUGCAAGGAACCAUCAAAAAGAGGAGAUGCAUUUCAUGCACAUCGCCCGCUGCUAGAUCCAUAUGCGAAAAUAGUUCGAAAUCUUCAUCCUCAGCAAGGUGAAUCUUUGCUUCUCGGUUCACUGGAGAAGAAAACCUUGUUCAAUUGGGAUGGUGAUUCCCAUCCAUUUUUGCCAAUGGAGGAACUGGUGGUCUACAGAUUAAAUGUGGAGCAAUUUACCAAGGGUAAGUCUAAUGGGCUAUCAGAAGAUCUUGCUGGGACUUUUGUUGGCGUGAGCAAGAAAGUACAACAUUUUAAAGAGCUUGGUGUCAAUUCAAUCCUGCUAGAGCCAAUAUUUCCAUUUAAUAUUGAGAAAGGUUGUUACUUUCCAUAUCAUUUCUUCUCAGUGGCACAUCAGUAUGGUGAAGAGCGAAGUGCAGCUUCAUCCACCAAUUCUAUGAAGGAGAUGAUCAAGGCACUGCAUGCUGAAGGUAUAGAGGUCCUGAUGGAGGUUGUUUAUACACAUACUGGGGAGGGAUGUCAAGUAGUAUCACUCUGUGGCAUGGAUAGCUCUUUGUGUUACAAAGUCGACAAGGGGAAGCAUGGAUCAGAAACUAAUACUAUACUGAAAUGCAAUAAUUCCUUCAUCCAAGAACUGAUUAUUGACAGCCUCCGGUAUUGGGUGAUUGAGUUCCGUAUAGAUGGCUUUUGCUUCCUUAAUUCUUCUUUAAUGUCUCAAGGAGAACAUGGGAAUCACUUAUCGCGGCCACUUUUGAUGGAAGCUAUAGCAUUUGAUCCUGUGCUGUCAAAGACAAAGAUUAUUGCUGAUUGCUGGUCUCCUCUUAACAUGUCAUACAAGGAAUUCCAAGUUCCUCACUGGAAUCAUUGGGCAGAGAUGAAUGUGAGAUUUUGCAAUGAUGUGAGGAACUUCUUGAGAGGUAAUGAUCACUUAGGUGAUUUUGCUUCUAGACUUUGUGGUAGUGGUGAUUUAUUUUCUUCCAGGGGCCCAGCUUUUUCUUUCAAUUUUGUGACAAAGAACUUUGGGCUUCCUCUUGUCGAUUUGGUCAGCUUCAGCAGUGCUAAUCUUGCUUCAGAACUUAGCUGGAAUUGUGGUGAUGAAGGUCUUACAAAUACAAGUGCUGUGCUUGAAACACGCCUUCAACAAACAAGGAAUUUCUUGUUCAUCCUGUUUGUUUCGCUGGGUGUUCCAGUGCUGAAUAUGGGGGAUGAAUUUGGUUACUCUACUGGAGGUUCACCAUUGUACAAGGACAGGAAGCCGAUAGAUUGGACUCGUGAAGGAACAGGCUUUAGUAGACAAAUAAGACAGUUCAUUGCAUUCUUAAGCUCACUUAGAGUGCGGCGAAAGGAUAUUUUCCAGAGAAAACACUUUCUGGAAGCAGAAAAGAUUGUUUGGUAUGGAAGCAAUCAAUCUCAACCACAAUGGGAUGACUCGAUAUCCAAUUUCUUGGCCGUGGUCUUAAAAUCAGAACUGCAAUCUGAUAACUCAAAUUCGAGUAUUGGCAAUUUGUUUAUAUGUUUUAAUGCCAGUGAUCAACCAGAGACUACUGUUUUACCCGAGCAGUUGGAUGGAAGCGUUUGGUUUCGUCUUGUUGAUACUUCCCUUGAAUUUCCUGGAUUCUUUUCAAGUAGUUCUGAUACAAAUGUACACGAGUACGAAGGAUCAUCAUCUUAUGAACUGAAGCCUCAUAGCUGUGCCUUAUUUGAAGCUGAAAUAAGUACUCCCAAAUGAGGGAAUAACUAAAGAAACGAUAGUACAUACCCGUUUUC